CGAAGAUGACCUACAAACGUGACUUCGUUGUGGUAUGUUGCAAUCGAACGAAGACGAAACAUAUCAUGAAUGGAUGAUGCUUGUUGAUGUCCAUAUUUUACUACAACUUCCUAAAACUCUCACACCCUUAUAAAUUUUAACCAAACGACGCAUUCAUCUUAAUGAUGGCAGAUCCAGUUCUUGCGAAGCCAUCAGGACCCUGCUGUCUAAAUGGCACAAUUCACCAAGGAGAGUCGAAAGGCAAGUUCGUCACACUUGCAGGUGUAGAGACGUACGUUGGAACGCCCACAAAGCCAAAUGGUCAUAUUUUGCUCUACUUUCCUGAUGUCUGGGGAAUGUUUCCCAACGGGCUUCUUAUAAUGGAUGGCUUUGCUGAUGCUGGAUAUCUUGUGCUGGGCAUGGACUAUUUUCGCGGGGACCCAGUGUGGAAGCACAGAAAGGACAGACACGACAACUCUGAUCCCAAUUUUGACUAUGAGGCUUGGAAGAAGAAGCACACAGCGUUUGCCGAUGAAAAUGUUCCCAAAUGGGUCAGCGCGGUGAAAGAGGAAUAUGGCGAGGAGCAAACGAAAUAUGCUUGUGUAGGAUACUGCUUUGGUGCCCCGUACGUUUGUAAUGAAUUAGCUGGCAACACUGUCACGGCUGGUGCAUUCGCCCAUCCAGCGUUCCUCAAGGUGCACCAUUUUUUCAACCUAAAGAAACCAUUAUUCCUAUCUUGUGCUGAAGUCGACCAUACGUUUGACACUCCUUCGCGACGACGAGCGCUUGAAAUCCUUCAGACGGAAAAGAAACCCUACCAACUACAGCUCUUUAGCGGUGUUCAGCAUGGAUUUGCGUUGCGAGGUGAUCUGGAGAAUCCUUAUGAACGAUAUGUCAAAGAGCAGAGUUUAAAGGGUAUCGUCGAAUGGUUUGAUUUCUGGUUAUCGCAAUAAAUAAUAUCUACAUAGAUCUUGGAACUAUUACCAAUGAGCUGAAUCACAAUUCGUGCACAGGCUUGAAUAAAUAUGAAUACUUUUACC